ACGAAAAUGGCAAGCCGUGGUGGAAAUCGUGGUCGCUCCCAGCCUGUGGAUAAUACCAUUUCUUACGUCCAGUGCGAUGGCCUGACGGCAAUGAAAAUGGUGAAACAUUGCCAUGAGGAAUCGCUGAACAACAUGGAAGUGGCGCAGGGUGCCCUGCUCGGUCUGGUGGUGGACGAUCGGCUGGAAAUCACCAACUGCUUUCCGUUCCCGAAGUCCGACGAGACUAUCGACGAGGAGGAGUACCAGCUGAACAUGAUGCGUCGCUUGCGGCGUGUAAACGUGGACCAUUUCCACGUCGGUUGGUACCAGAGCGCGGAUGUGGGCAACUUCCUGUCCGUCACGCUGCUCGAGUCGCAGUACCACUACCAGACUAACAUCGAGGAGUCGGUGGUCGUGAUUUACGACACGCAAAAGUCGGCCCGUGGCUUCCUGACGCUGAAGGCGUACCGGCUGACGCCUCAGGCAAUCGCCAUGUACAAGGAGCGUGAUUUCACGCCCGAAGCGCUGCGCAAUCUGAAGGUAGGCUACGAGAACCUGUUCAUCGAGAUCCCGAUCGUGAUCACGAACUCGGCGCUGUGCAACAUUAUGAUGACGGAGCUCACGGAAAUGGUGCCGGAAGAGGAGGGUACGCACUUCCUCGACCUCGGUACGGCGUCCGUGCUCGAGAAUCACCUGCGCUGCAUGAUGGACCGGGUGGACGAGCUGAACCACGAAGCGACCAAGUUCAACAAAUACCAGCAAGCUGCCAUCCGGCAAGAGCAGGAGAAGCACCGGAUGUUGGCGAAGCACGCCCAGGAGAACGCGGCACGCGUCGCCAAGGGUGAGCAAGCCAUUCCGGAGGAGGAAGUCAACAAGCUGUUCCGCCCGAUUCCGGUACCGACGCGCCUGAACCCGAUGAUCGUGUCCGGGCAGAUCAACACGUACGCUCAGCACAUUUCUCAGUUCUGUUCGCAAUCACUGGCCAAGCUGUACAUGACGCAAGCGCUCCAGAAUGCAAAGGAUAACAAGCAGUAAGGCGACGAUUUAUUGCUGAAAAUCUGCAUACGACGUUCCAUUCGAUUGAAGUAAGUAACAGUGAAGGUGGUUGAGAAGGAACUAAGUAUAUAAGUGUAGGGGAGAACUCGACAGUGUGGAUUAAGUAUAUAAUAUACGAAAAUGAACCACCUUUCUUUCGUGACGAUAAAAAGACACGCGAGAACGUGGGACAGA